ACUUCGCCGCCGGUCGCGCGCAGCUCGCGCCUGAGGAACUGCGGCUGCGGUUCCGAGCGGGCUCUGGGGCUGUUUCCAUUGAAUGACCUGGAAGGCUCUCGGUGCAAAGCGUUCCUGCAGACCUGCUUCCACGUAAAGGGACCUUCGGGAAAUUUCGCUGGACACCGCUGGCAUUGACAAACCCAGCGUCCCUGGGCCUUGUGAGGUUUUCAGGCAGGUUGAUUUCGAGGCGACAUGUCUGCUUCAGUGAAAGAAAGCCUUCAGCUUCAGCUACUGGAGAUGGAAAUGCUGUUUUCUAUGUUUCCUAACCAAGGAGAAGUAAAACUUGAAGAUGUAAAUGCCCUGACGAAUAUAAAGAGGUAUUUGGAAGGCACAAGGGAGGCGCUGCCACCAAAAAUCGAAUUUGUAAUUACACUCCAGAUUGAGGAGCCCAAGGUAGGUGCCCGGAUUUAAGUGUUUGCCAGGUGCGUAGUUUUUAAUGGAAACAUCUGGAAUAUGCGCUUUCUGUCAAGGAAAUAGAAAUAUUCAAGGUGUAUUAUUUCCUUGUUUGAAAGUAAGAUAUGGAAUGCCCUAUAAAUUGUUUUCAGUUAAAUAUCUUGAAUUUUAUAUAAACAUACACACCUUUUAACAAACACAUCUGGAGUUUUUAUUGAAGCUAUCUUGCAGUCUUAUAAUGCCAUUAUUAUUUUGUUCACUCAUCCAGUUGGACUACCUUUCACAUGUAUCGUGAUUUUCCUAAAUCUAAGUAUCGCCUGUAACAAAACUGGCUUUUAAGGAGUGAAUGAGUGUUUUUUUAUGGCACCAUAACAAAGAAAGCAAAUAUACCGAUGAAAAAUCUAAAGACUAAAAAUGAAUUUACCUCCAUCUUCUGAUCCAUUUAUCUCCAGCAACAUUAGCAUAGCAUAGGUAACACGUGGACUGGGCAAUUGAGAACCACUGUUUUAGCUGUUUCCUACUCAUCCUUCAGUUGCCAUUCUCUCAGAGGAGACUUCCUGGUUCCCCAGAAUGGAAUCUGUCCUGCUGGUUACACACUUCAGUGGAACCCUCCACUUUUCCAUGGUAAUGCUUCUCAUAAUUGAAAUUAAAUACUUGCUAUGUGUAAUAAUUAUUUAAUGUGUGUCUCCUUCACUAGGCCCUGGACUUCAUGAAGGGCAAAGAUAGAGUCUGGCUUACUCAUUUUUUUAUCCCAGCACAAAGGCACCUGGCACAUGUAGGUGUUCAGUAAAUAUUGAAAGAAGGAAUGCAUAAAAGGAAGGAGUCGUGUAUGUAAGGUGAAAAUUGAUUUGCAAGUGACCAUGCCUCACAGCUACCCCUAUGUAGCAUUGCAGCUGUUUGGACGGUCAUCUGAACUUGACAGACAUCAGCAGCUACUUCUCAACAAAGAUCUCACUUCUUACAUAGGGACUUUUGAUCCAGGUGAGCUCUGUAUAUGUGCAGCAAUCCAGUGGCUACAGGACAACAGUGCAUCCUAUUUCCUGAAUAGAAAGCUUGUGUAUGAACCAUCUACACAAGCAAAGCCAGUCAAGAACACAUUCCUCCGAAUGUGGAUCUACAGUCACCAUAUAUAUCAGCAGGACCUAAGGAAAAAGAUUUUGGAUGUUGGGAAAAGGUUAGAUGUGACUGGAUUUUGCAUGACAGGAAAGCCUGGUAUAAUCUGUGUGGAGGGUUUUAAAGAGCACUGUGAGGAGUUCUGGCAUACAAUUAGGUACCCCAAUUGGAAGCACAUUUCCUGUAAGCAUGCUGAAAGCGUGGAAACGGAGGGAAAUGGCGAGGACCUGCGCCUUUUCCAUUCUUUUGAAGAAUUACUCCUUGAGGCCCAUGGUGACUAUGGAUUAAGGAAUGACUAUCACAUGAAUCUGGGCCAGUUCUUAGAAUUUCUCAAGAAGCACAAAAGUGAGCAUGUUUUUCAGAUACUAUUUGGUAUUGAAAGCAAAAGUUCAGACUCGUAAAAAGCUUUUAAGAGGCCUUUGUAAUUUCACUAAGUCAGUGUUUCUGUUAAUAAGACCAAAAUAAAAAGGCUGGUGGCUGUGUAGCAUCCUCAAUGCAGAACCUAGCUCCAGAAUUUUCACCUGGUAAUGAAUUUCAACUGACAGUGAAAUGAACAGGCCUUUAAACUUGAUAACAGUGCAAUUGUGAUGUUAUCUCUAGGUUCUUGUGUUAAGUCAUUCAAAAACUAUUUCAUUAUAAAUUAGUAAAAACAAUCCAUUUAACCUCUGAAGCUGAUUUGAUUGAUGAGGAGUCCAAAGCCCAUAGCUAACUUCAAAAAUCAAACUCCAGUUACGAAUCCAAAAAUAUGAAUAGCACUUCUGUUUCACAUUGCUAGCACACAUGUGACACACCCACUUGUCUUUCAUUAUUGGAAAUCAAGUUUAAAAUGAGAACAGAAAGGAAGGACAUGUUUACUUCAUUUCUUACUUUAAACUCCUAUUUCGAGUGUUUUAGUAAAACUAGAUCCUAACAGCAGUGGCAAAGGACUCAGAAAUGAAGUCCCAGGAGUUAUAAAGAUGACUCACAAUGCUAUGUAUUCUUCUUCUGGCUGUUUGUAUCAGUUAAUGACACUAGCAACGUCGAUACCAGUAUUCUUAGCUUAAUUCUUAUACACAAAAGAUAAAUACAUGGUUCUUUGUCUACGAAGUAUUCCUUUUUCAAUCAAGUCUUUGCCUGUGUGCCAGUAUGCAUUACUAUACAGGAUGAGAGAGUGUUGAGGGGACCAGUGUGGAUGUCUGUAUCAUUGCAUAUGGGGAAAAAAAUCUAAUUCUACAGGUAGGUGGUGUUAACUGCCAUCUUCUCUGAAAAUUCCAAGCUCCACAGGCUUCACCAGGCUUUUCAAAAUGAGAGUUUAUUUUAAUGAUAAAUACCCCUAUUUAAGUAGCUCUUGCCAAACCUUUUCAUUACCAGGUAUCCAUCCCUCCCCAAGUAUUUCUGUGAGUCUCCUGUGCUAAGAGAUGUCCUGAGCAGCCUCCACAGCUUUCUCCAUUUCUGUGGUCUCUGUAGGUACUGCUGCCCUUUGCCGGGAGGCAUUCCAUUCUCCUACUAGGUCCCCUCAAGAUGCCAAAGCUGGGUGUUGGGAUUUAGGAAGAUGCAGGGCAACACCUCACUCUCCAUCCUGUGACACAUCCUGUUAGAUGUCAGACAGUGCUGCUUGUGCUGGGGAGCCUACAGGACUCCUGAUGAAACUACCUUCUGGUUUUACCCUCUGUGCCGUGGAUGCAGACAUGUCAUCUUGGGCUGCAGAGAGGACAUGAUGGACCAGAAAGCCCUAUGCCCAGGAGGUCUUAGAACUGGGUCCACUUUGUACUGCCUCGUUCUUCUUAGGUCACAAUGAGUUUCCUCUCAGGGCACAAUUCAGAUCUUCAAGCCAUGGCUCACUGUGGGCCAGCCCUGCCCUGCCAGGUCCUUCAUCUUGCCAUUCAUGUUUCCAUCCUAGCCUUGGUUGUGCUGGAACUCAGGCUGGAGCCUCACACUUUGCCUAUGUGCAAACAAGAAAUAGGACUUACAUUGCCAAAGAAUUAUUUCUUAAUGUUUGCCAGUACUAAAAACAAAGUAUAGGAAUCUUUUUUCCCACAGUCUUUGCAAAACUAUCAAUAAGUAUACUUAGCAUUUACAAGUUUUCAGGCCUUCAACAGAAGUAACUCCAUUAACUUUAUUCCUUUGAAAUGAAUCAGUAUGCCAUCUACCUACCUAAUAGAGGUUUUUUUUCCAGAUUACAUGAGCAAAAGUAGCUACAGAAAGAUAAGUGUAAAGUAAAAGACAUUCUAGGUUAUGAACCCUACUGCUUCUGGAGCUAUUUCUGAGAUUUUUCAGAACCUACUCUUAUAAGCCUAAUUUGAGCAUUCUGUAAUACAUUUUUCCUAUCAGGAAUACUAAUUCAGAUAGUAUUAUGGGGAAGUGUAGGUUUUAUAGAAAAAAAGUACAUGUCUAAUUCAAAACUCAUCUUUCUAUGUAUAGGAGACUGCUGGUUGUUGGCACAGCCUGAUAUGAGCACAUACAAAAUGUCCGGCAUUCCCCUCCCCCCUUCCCCUACACACACUGCUUAUUUUGGGAAACUGCCCCUUCUGUGUGUUAUUUGGGAAAAAGUGAUAGGAAUCAAGUUGUCCUCUGGCAGCCUUCUGGAGAGAUGGCUGUGAGCUCUUGCUGCUGAAGCCUCUAGUGCCACCCUAAUUUCUGGCCUACUACUGAAUGCUCUGCUGUUCGGCACCUCCUUUAAACGACUCAGCAUCGGUCUCUAUUGUUUGUAACUUAUGAAUCUGGAUAUUCUAUAUAUUAUAUUUUUAAAUGGUUGUUUGGAAAAUGUGCUCAUUUAUAAAAAAAGUUGCAAUGUCUUUUUAAAGUUUGCUGAAUUAAAUCAAGCAUAUCGUCAAGUA